AUGCCCAUGAUGCUGGCAUGCUCGAUCAUAUACAUGAUGGUCAACCAGCCGGAGCCGCGCGUGCGGCCGUACGGCGCCGGGCAGCCCUCCCCAGCGAUCGAGCAGGCCGCGAUGGCCCACGGCGCCAGGAUGGUCCACGAGCUCGCACGCCACCGCCGCACAGCGCCCCCCGGGACGUUCAACGAGGGCUCCGUCCACAGCGCGUCGGUGUCCUCCGACGACUUCCCCCGCGGCCUCUACCGCCGCAGCCGCGGCGGCACGCUGCACGAGGUGCCUGCGCAGGAUGCAUCGCGCGCCCUGAGUGGGGGCGACGACGAGCCCGACGACGGCGCGGUGCGCGAGGCCGCGCACGAGCUCGCCGCGCUGCAGGGCGCCGCGCUCGGUCCCGCGGGCGUGACGGUGGACCCGGCCGGCAAGGUGACGAUGGAGGUGCUGCGGCGGGAGACGGCAGUGCUCGCGGGGCAGGCGGGCAUCGAGCUGGGCUUCUCCGGGGGCGGGGGGCCCGAGACGCCCGCGGGGCUUCGGGCGGCGAUGCGUGCGCUGCGGGAGGCGAUGUGCACGUGGGACCAGGGGGGAGGUUACGAGCACGAGGACGACGGGAGCGACAUCGGUAGCACGGGCACGCCGGGAGACAAGAAGGACAAUUGA